UUUUCGGGGGGGACACAGAGAAAGAAAAGGGGGCAGUGGCACUCAGUCACAGAGUGCUAUACACACUCACAUGCGCACACACACUGACACACUCUAUGUUUCCUCUCCAAACGUGUCAGUUCAUUAUUUCUGUGUGUGUGUGAGUGUGUGUGUGUGUGUGUGCUGAGAGAGACAGAGAGAAAGCUUCAAAACCAUCCUGCAUCUCUAUGAUCCACGGACUAAAGACACAGAGACAAGGACACGAGGACAUUGACUUUCUCAGAGAGGAAACUCACCCAUCAGUCUGCUACUCGUCUUCACGCCUGUUGCUGUCUAUGAGCCGCUCUGAGGCCGUGCAGCGGACUUCACAAUCAUCCUGACACAAGGAUAAAAACCCUGUUAAAGCCCCCACAGAAGCAGCAGACAGCAGAAUGUCCUCUCCGCCCCUCCCCAUGCCCUCCCUCCCCCCGAGCCCCCUGGCCAUGGAGUACCUGAACGACUUUGACCUCCUGAAGUUCGAGGUGAAGUCCGACACGCCUCCUCUUCCUCCUCAGUGUGCGUUUCCAAAGUCAGGCCUCCCUCAUGACCCCUCCAGCUCCCCGUACGCCAGCCACCCUCCACAGGACUCCAGUCUGAGCUCCAGCCCGUACAACUCGCUGCCCCCCUCGCCCACGCUCAGCGACACCCACCCGCCUCCUUCGGGCUCCUCUUCCCUCUCCUCCUCGUCCUCCUCCAUCUCCUUCCCCCUCUCCCUCUCGAACAGCUUCACCUCGGGCAUCAGCUCUGGCUCUCAGGGGAACGUGGAGGGCAGCCCGGCCCACGGCGGGCCUCAGGGUCCCACCCCGGCCUCCCUGGAGGACUUGAUCUGGCUGGCAGCUCUUCAGCAGCAGUUUGGAGGCGAGGUGACGGGGCCCGCCACCCUGCUGGGAGCUCUGGGAGGAGUGCCCGAGAGAGGGGACCGAGAGAGGGGGCCCGUCAAUGGAUUUCUGGGCUGUGAGGAUGCUGUUGAGGCGCUGCUGAACUCAGCUGCUGCAGCCGUCAGCUCACAGUUUCCGGGUCUUUCUCAGAGCUCCAGCAGUAACCUGGGAGACUCCAGCAGUGACAGCGGAGGUGACAUCUCCUGCACCAAAGGGACAGACAUGUGUCACCGCCCACUUGUCUUCCUCUCGUCAGCCCCUCCAUCGCUCCCUAACGCCGUCCCUGGCUCCGCCCCCUAUCCACAGGGCGCCCUCAGCCCCACAGGCCGCCUUCAUCACCACCAGCAUCAUCAUCAUCAGCACCACCCGCACCACCCCAUGCAUGGCAGCCAUCACCAUCACCAUCACUCAGUUUCUCAGUGCGGUGUGAACGAGCGUUUCUCAGACGAGCAACUGGUGAGUCUGUCAGUCCGCGAGCUGAACCGACACCUGCGGGGCGUGAGCAAGGACGAGGUGGUGCGUCUGAAGCAGAAACGACGCACGCUAAAGAACCGCGGCUACGCCCAGUCCUGCCGCUACAAACGCCUGCAGCAUCGCCACGCGCUGGAGUCAGAGAAACACGUGCUCACACAACAGUUGGAGCAGCUCCAGUGUGAGCUGACUCGAGUGCUGAGGGAGAGAGACGCCUACAAAGCUCGCUACGAGAAGCUCCUCAACACCAACCACAGUAUCGGCAGCGACGCACCACCGACCCGCAACAGCAACCCACCUUCCCCGCCCCCUGACUACUUCCUCUGAGUGUAGCCCAGAGGGAGGAGACGAGGAAACAAGACCAGCCAACACGGAGCAAUCGAUGAUGAGUAAUCAAGAGGACUUGUACGUGUUCAGCUUGUUUGUGUGUGAGGGAGGACGGGAAAAAGAGACAUCGGCAGGCUGUUUGAGGAGGAGGCGCUACAACUGUGAAAUCUACCCCUGAUUGAUUAAAGGGGCAAAUGACUGUUAAUGCAGAGAGUUAGACUCGGCUCUAGGCUGCUACAAGGAUUCAGUUUGAUUUUUACUGUGAAUGAUUGUUGCACAAAAAGUGGCUGACAGCUUUUUUUUUGGUACAUCAGUGCAAAAACUGGAUCACGAAUACUCUGAAAAUGGGUGAAAAAGCUUUAUUUAAAGGGAUAUUUUUGAUGUUUUCAAAUCUAGGCUGUAUUUUUAUAAUCACAUAUUUGGGGGGUUGAAUGCCUAAAGAGUGUUGGAACUGCUCCAGCAGAUUGCUUAAGCUGGCAGCAUGAAGAACAGGCGAUAAUGGCUGCAAUGUAUUCCAAGUAUGUUUGCUAAAAGUUGUUGUUAUGGUCACUGACAGGCGGAGGUUGUUCUUCUACUUUAGAGAAUGGAUUCCUACAGAGAUGGACAUUUUUGUUGAAGAGGAAGAUGAUUAUUUUAACCAGAAACAGAUGUUGAAUUGCUAACUCUUAAGCGACCAAACUUCAUUGACAAAAAUAUUAUUUUAACCUGCAGAAAAACUGGAGUGGCUAGUUAACCACUGUUUCAGUUUGCUAAUUUAUUGGUGUUACUGUGUGACUUUUUUUUUUAUUAUUAAACGUAUCACCCAAGGUAGAAGUAGUAAGGGGGGGCCACCUUCCAUUCAUGAAAUAAAGAAUGGCCUGCGAUCCUCAGGGCUACAACCACCAUGGGCCUAAAGGGAAGGGGCUCAAGUGGUAGUAAGAACAAACGGAAAACAUUCAAGAAAGCAUUCAGAUAAAGUUUGAAAUCCAUCAGUAUUUCAAAAACCAUUGAAGGUUGAGCAUAUAGCACUUCAUAGUUGUUUUUCUUCAGAUGGGGGAACAUGCACACUGAAGCCCGCUGCUGCACUGCUUCUCCUCACAAGCCGAGAGGAGCUCUUGAAAGAAAAG